AUGAGUUCCGACUACUCAUACGACAACGAGGCCCAAUUCUUCCCCUUCUUCAUCCUUACCCUCUCCGGCCUUGUGACGCUCCCCCUCACCUACUCGCUGCUCCGCGGCGGCGCAGACGCCGACGACAAGGCAGGCGCAAUCCAGACCGACUACAAGCACAAUCAUGCCGACGUCGUCGACGCACUACGCGCCGCGCAGAAGCGCAAACAGCGCCGCGUCAAGCGCGCCCUUGUGGCAAUCGCCGGCUGGGCUCUCAUGGCCGCCAUGGCAUACCUGAUCAUGACGACCCAGCCAGUUAUCAACAAGAUUUGGAACCCUUACGACAUUCUCGGCAUCUCAGAGUCCUUAACGGAAAAACAAAUCAAAUCCCACUACAAGAAGCUCUCCGUCAAGUUCCAUCCCGACAAGGUCCGCCCCGACCCCGCCAAGAACGAGACGGUCGAGUCGCUCAACGACCACUACGUUGAGCUCACAAAGGCCUACCAGGCCCUCACCGACGAGGAUGUGCGCAACAACUAUAUCCAGUUCGGCCACCCCGACGGCAAGCAGAGCUUCAGCAUCGGCAUCGCCCUGCCGCAGUGGAUCAUCUCCGAUGGCAACGGCAAGUACCUCGUGCUCCUCUACACCGGCCUACUCGGCGUCCUGCUGCCGUACCUCGUCGGCUCCUGGUGGUACGGCACGAUUCGCCGCUCCAAGGAGGGAGUGCUCAUGGAGAGCGCCAACAACCUGUUCCGCCAGUACGACGAGUCCAUGGAUGAGGGCGGCAUUAUCGCUGCCCUCUCCGCCGGCAAGGAGUACGAGCAGGUGCUGCGCGGCGACCUCGCCGAGUCUGGGCUCGCCAAGGUGGAGGCUCGCAUUGGUGCGUCUGGUGACACUACACCGUUCGCCGCUGGUUUCAGACUCCGCGAUAAGCAGCGGCUCGAGGACCUUGACAGCGGCGUCCGCCGCAAGACCCUCGCCCUGCUCUGGGCCUACCUCGGCCGCGUCGAGCUCGACGAUGCAGCCCUCACCCGUGCCAUGUACGAGAUUGUCCCCAUCGCGCGCACCCUUAACCAGUCCUUCGCCGCCAUCGCGCUCGCCUACGGCAACAUCGGUCCCAUCGCCGGCUCCUUCCACGCCAACCAGCACCUCAUCCAGGCCAUCCCUCCCAAGGCCUCGCCACUGCUGCAGCUUCCGCACUUCACGCCCCGCAUCGCCACCGAGGUCGAGGGUGGUGCCAAGGCUCACAUGACCGUGCAGCAGUUCAUGGACCUGCCCGACGCGCAGCGCCGGCAGCUCGCCGUCGGCAAGGGACGUCUCACCGAGGCGCAGUACCAGACCACCAUCGCUCUCGGGAAGCAGAUCCCAUACUUUCGCGUCGCCAAGGCCUUCUUCAAGGUCACCGGCGAACGCUGCAUCGUGCCGUCGUCGCUCGUCAGCCUCGUCAUCAAGGGCCGCUUCGUGCCGCCCGGCGCCGCGGGCGACGCGCCCCCCAUCAACGAGCUCGACCUCGAAGACGUGGACCCGGCAGAGGACGACCUUGACUCGCUCACGGGCCGCCGCCAACGCACGGUUAAGGGCCCCGAUGGCGCGCCAGUGUCCGUCGAGUCGAACCCCGUCUCGCCGCCCCUCGUCUUCGCCCCCCACUACGCCCGAGAGUGCGCGCCCAAGUGGUACGCCUUCCUCAGCGACUCCAAGCAGGGCAAGCUCGCCGUGCCGCCCUUCCUCUUCGACAAGUUUGACCAGCCUAUCCUCGACCCGGCCACCGGCCGCCCAACCUUUGCCAUGCAGACCCUCAAGGCCCAGUUUGCCGCACCGCCCCAGGCUGGCCACUACACCUUUGUCCUGCACGUCGUAUGCGACGCGUACGUUGGGUUCGACACCAAGAUGGAGGUGACGCUCGUCGUGGAUGAUGCGAGCAAGGCGGCGGAGAUGGAGGCCGAGGACGAGAUCAGCGAGCCUGAAGAGGAUUCAAUCGCUGGACAGAUGCACGCCAUGAAGACCGGGCAGGCUCCCCAAGGGACGAGACGAAAGCAGCAGCAGAAGCAGGAAGAGGAGGACUCGGACGAAGAGAGCGGCACAGACGACGACGCCAACGACACGAGCGAUACCAACACAGACACAGAAGACGAGUCAUAG